GCUUCAGCAGUUUCGUUUCAGCUCCCAGUCGUCAAGUCAAGCACACCUCAGAGAAGCCAAGCUAAAAGAACGAAACAUUUCAUACACUGAUUCAGUUCUGUUCGUUCACUAAAAAGAUUCGUUCAAACACCAGGAAGUGAGUCUUAUUUGCCAAAAUGUCUCGAAGAAAAAAACAAAUGUCAGCUACCUGAUUUUGGAUUUGCAUCUCAGCCCAUGCAGGGUGUUACAACAUUAGCAUUUCCGGCUUGUCUCAAGUGCCUAAAGCAGAAUGGUAUUGGGAAAUAACCAACGGAAAGCUCAUCAUGUGCUGAUCAUCCUGAUUUAUGUCUUCAGAGGCUGGACACUUGAAUGCCAUCAAACUGAGUAUCAACUAAACCAGGAGCAAUGUUGUCCAAAGUGUCCAACUGGAAGUCAUGUUAGGAACGAAUGUACCAAAGGCGGCAGCACAUCAUGCCGACUGUGCAUGAACAGAACCUACAUGAAUAUCCCGACUGGGCUUAAACAUUGCUUUCCAUGCACAAACUGCAAUGCAGGAUCUGGUCUGGGGAUAAAGAGGGGGUGUACCACGGUCUCAGACGCAGUGUGUAAACCACUUGAUGGAUUCUUCUGUGUGGACCCUGUUGCGGAUGGCUGUCUUGAAGCACGGAAACACACAGAAUGUCGAGCAGGACAAUACAUCAGUCUAAAAGGAACACCGUUUAAUGACACUGUAUGUUCAGAGUGUGUUGGUGAAACCUUUUCAAAUGGAACAUUUACAGUUUGUCAGCCACACACAAAAUGUGAAUUCAAAGGUCUUCUGAUAAAACCAGGAACUGCGUCAACUGAUGCUGAAUGUGAAGGAAAAAAAAUUCAUGCGUGCAUUGUCAGCGUCAUUUUGUGUGUUUUAGUUGCCGUUUACUUGCUUACCAGACUCGGGAAAACAUGUUAUGUAAAUGGCAGACAACCAAAUCCACAGAUUUGACCAAAGGCAUCCAGGUCACAGAAAUCUGCCAAUGAUGACUCGAGGAAAGUGGACUCUUCUGGGCCGUUAAAGACGUUUUACCUUCUGAACUCUCUUCACUGCUUGCCAUGAGUUCCACUACAGUAUCUGCAUGUGGUGACUGACAUUUGGUAUUUAUACAGUGCCACAAGAAAGUAUUCACACCCCUUCACCUUUUCCACAUUUUGCUAUGUUACAGACUUAUUCCAAAGCUGAUUUGAGUAUAGUUUUGUUUAAAAAAAUAUAUAAAAUACCCCAUAAUGACAAAGAAAAAACAUAUUUUCAGACAGUGGUGCAAAUUUAUUGAAAAUGUAAACAUUUAAACAUAAUAGGAACAUAAGUAUUCACAUCCUUGACUUAAUAUUUUGUUGAAGCACCUUCAAAGGAAAAAAAACAAAGCUUUGCAAAGAGCGAGACAGUCAAGAGAGGAACCUGCAGUUGCUUCGCGCCUCUCACCGUCUCUGUAGAACAAACGCACAGUUAAACUAAAAUGGGAGGGAGAUGAGAAAAGAAGAACUAAAGACCUAUUCAGACAGUUAUCUUGUCCUUGAGAGAAAAGGGAGGCCGGUAGAGCCACUGAGAAGGGAGGAAAAAAACAAUUAAGCUAGUAGAUAAUUAGAGUCACACAAAAACAAAGAACUAUUGAAUUAAACUAUGGGAUAAUAUAAUAAAGAAUAUGUCAUGCGCUGCCCUGCAGUACUGCUGUUGGAGCCUGGGUGGCGCUUUGUGCCCUAUCGCUCUCUUUCCCCCCUCCCCUCUUUCCAGCACCUUCCUAAGCCGCGCACCUGUCACCAAUCAGCGUUUGUCACCACCUGCAUAUAAGCCUGCCUGAUCCCGGAAAUCCUCGCCAAAGUAUUGCAGCUUCUCCAAGCGGUACCACGGCUCACCUGCCUCAGAUAAGCUACACGAUUCCUCGUCUCCUUUUAUGACCCCUGUGUCUCUACUUAUCCUCAGUGUUUUCCCCGUGCUCCUGGUCUAUGUAAUUCUUGCCACCCCACCGCCAAGCCAGCCCUCUGUCCUCGCCACUGCCUGCCGCACAUCCCUUCCUCCACUGUCCACCAACACACCUCAAGGCUUCCAUUACUUUCUCUAAUAAACUGUUCAUCAUAACCUAUCCGUCUCCGCCUGCUCUUGGGUCCAGCUCCUCUCCAUUCUUGACACAAUACUUUGGCCAUCAUGGACCCAGCAACCCCGGAGGCGCUUAAGAACGCACUAACCCUCCAAGGCGCCCACAUAGUACGUCAGGACAAGCCGUUACAAGAAAUCACAGAAACUCUACACUCCGUUUUGCAACAGGUCUCCCUCCUUUCUUCAAAGAUGCAAUCCUCUCAAUUCCCAGUAAGUACCCAUUCUGAGCCCGCACCCUCCAAGCUACCCCGCUUCCCUUACAAAGAAACUCAUGUGCCACCACCCGAACCCUACUCCGGGGACUUCUUUGGCGCUUGUAGCCAAUUUCUUCUCAACUGCACCCUAGUUUUCAACCUUACAGUUAUCCCACUGAACAAUCCAAGGUAGCAUAUGUCACUAACCUCCUCCUUGGCAAAGCACCUAAAUGGCACAACUCUUCCCCCGUACUCCAGUCAUUUGAUUCCUUUUCCUCUGAACUCCGUAAAGUAUUUGAUCACCCCGUUCAGGGGAGAGAAGCCACCCGUCGCCUCCUCACGCUCACUCAAGGUGCUCUCUCAGUCUGUAGCAGAGUACUCGAUUGAGUUCCAUAUACUUGCGGGUGGGAUGACGCUGCGCUUAGGGGGAUUUUUUUGAAUUCUUUCAGAACAACUCAAGGAUGAGCUUGCUGUCCGGGACGAGCCCUCAUCUCUCUCUCUCUCUCUCUCUCUCUCUCUCGGAUCUCAUCGCCCUUUCCAUCCAUCUGGAUAACAGACUGCGAGAGAGAACAUGAGCGAGGGCGGUCCGCUCUCGUGUAGUCCCUUCCACUCCGAGCACCACGCCGUCAGCUUCUCACCCGCUUCCUGCACCGUCUACUGCCUUUUCAUCACUCCUCGUUGCACCAUGAGCCCAUGCAAAUUGGAAAAACACGUUUAGAUCCCCAGGAGCGUCAGCGUCGUGUCAUCCAGCGGCUGUGCAUCUAUUGCGGUCCAUCAGGUCAUUUCAUUUCCUCUUGCCCCCUACGACCAAAAGACCAGGCUCACCGCGAUCCGAGAGCGUCGUGGUGAGCCAAACCUCCAUUUCCUCUAGCUCUUCCUCCCGCAUGACCGUUCCCGCUUGCAUUCUAGUUUCUGCUCAUAACACCCCCAUUACAGCCCUGAUCGAUUCCGGUGCCGAUGACAAUUUCAUUCUUGAAGCUCCAAAUCCCUCUCCAACCACUUCCGUCCCUGAAAAAAGUGUAAGUCAAAGGUCAGUGAGAAUAAGAGGCGCGUGCGAGGGUGGGGAUGAGUGAGGAGAGGAAAGAUGGAAAGAUGGAGAAGGUAGGAGCGAUGCAGCCUUGGGAUUCCCUUGGGAGACAGGGUCAGACAUGUUGGUGUCUGCUGUACAUUUGCAGACAGCAAUAAUAGAAAGGAGGAGGAUGGCGUCGAGGAGAGCAACAACCUCGUCAUGGUGAAGAAUAGGUUUACCGUCAGAUUUCAAAAAGAUGUGAUGGCGCCAGAGGGCGCCCAAGUCAUGAACCACUUGAAAGGCAUAACGAGAGUCCGUGUAGAUUGUGACAGAUGUACAGUACCUUCUGCUAGGCAGCAGGGCUCAGUGAGUGCUAUCAACUCAGCCGCUCCUGGCGAGUAAUGAGAAGGGGGCAGUGAGGAAGUCACAACAUGGAAGUCAACAACAACAGCACUGUGUUGUUGCGGAGCCAACACGCAGCAGACAGGUGAGAGGAGUGUUGCUCGUGUAAGAUAGAAUUCACACAGCCCCUAACGUCUCUAAGGCCCCAUGCCAAGUUACAUCAUCCCCGGCCGACUGUAGAUUCGUUCAAGCAAUUCCAAACUGCUACACCUUAGGUCCCAGACCAAAAAUCUACGUGGGGAAUAGAUCCUCUGACAAUUAUAAGUAAUAAAUCUCCAUUUCAGGUAGUUCGAUAUUCCCAUCUGCAUUAGUCAUGGUUGUUGUUAAUGGUUAUCUUUAUCCCUUGUCUUUUGUAGUUAUGACAACAAAACAACAAAAAAGCAAAAGAAUAAACAACAGCGUUGAUAGAUCAAGAUAUAAUGGUAAUUCAACUUGGACUGGUUUUGGAGAGGGGGAUGGGAGGACUUCUUUCUAAUUCAAAGGGAUCUAUCAAUUAUACUUCAUAGUUGCAUACCUUAACUCCAUAAGUGUGUAAAUGAAUAUCUGGUGAUAACUCGCCCAAGCGAAGCAAUGUUAUCUGUGCCAAGUGUGUCUUCAUUGCAGAAAAAUAACAAAAAGAAACAGCAAUGUUGAAUGCAGUGUGUGUGUGUUUGUAUAUCACCAGUUAAGCAACGCGCUGUCUUUGCGGCCGCCGGGAGUCAGCCAGAGGCCGGACGAACUGGUCCCCCACCAUCGAUUGCCACUAAGAGUGCAAAAGCAAAAGUCCCUUCUUUCCACAGUUGAAGCAUCUUCUACCCCCCUCUGCAUCCCCUCCCUUGUCCAGUAUGUGGUAUCAACCUCAGCAAAUCUGGUUCAGCGAUGCUUGAUGUCCAUGAGGCUGCCGUUGAGAGCAUUUUGCAAGGCCAGGCGGUGCGGGAGGCAGGCGGUUGCGCUUGUGAGUUGUGGCAGCAGGAAAGGAGGGGACCGCAGAAGCGUUGUGUGUGCAGGGCCGUGCUGUGGGUUGUGGUUGUGGGUACAGACAAUUGUGCCUUGACACAAGCCGGUCUUGGAGAUCUGCAGACGAUUCCUUCGACUUCAUUGCUUGGUUUCCGCUCUCAUAUGCACUGUCAACUAUGAGACCUUAUAUAGACAGGUGUGUGCUAUUCCAAAUGAUUUUCAAUCAGCUGAAUUUACCACAGGUGGACUCCAUUCUAGUUGUAGAAGCAUCUCAAGGAUGAUCAGUGGAAAUCAGCUGCACCUGAGCUUAAGUUGGAGUGUCAUAGCAAAGGAUGUGAAUACUUAUGUACCUAAUAUGUUUGAAUGUUUACAUUUUUUAUAAAUUUACACAAAUGUCUGAAGAUAUGUUUUUACUUUCUAAUUAUGAUUUUUUGUUCCAAGAAAACUAAACUCAAAUCAGCUUUAGAAUAAGUCUAUAACAUAGCAAAAUGUGGAAAACGUGAAGGGGAGUGAAUACUUUCUGGUGGCACCGUACAUACAAUAUUUUAUGUGUUGCUGUGUAGUAGAAAUACAGUUGGAGUGAGAAGUAAAACUUAUACGCUUUCACUCCUGAUACAUACUGUAAUUAUACAUUAAGUAAAUUCCAAAAGGAAAACGUGAAGGGGAGUGAAUACUUUCUGGUGGCACUGUACAUACAAUAAUAUAUGUGUUUCUGUGUAGUAGAAAUACAGUUGGAGUGAGAAGUAAAACUUAUACGCUUUCACUCCUGAUACAUACUGUAAUUAUACAUUAAGUAAAUUCCAAAAGGAAAACGUGAA